AUGCCCCAAUGUCUUGGCCCGGCAUGUGGGGACCCAAGUCAUCCCCCUCUGUCCCGCCUGCCCCUCACCUGCCUUCACCCACAUUCUUCAACUCUGUGGGAUUCUCAAAGGUCCCCGCGGUGUGACUCUUCUUCAGACAUUCGCAGCUGCAUCGUCUCCUCCCCUGCCCACCUCUCCCGACCCCCGCGGGCACCAUCACCCCUUGAUUACUUUCAUUCCUCCUGUAAGAUGCAGCCCAGGCGUCUGCUGACUGAGAAGCAUGUCCUGACCCAGCACGGCGCCUGUCACAUUCGGACAACGGUUCAUAUGUCUGCACUGAAGACUAGGCUGUGUCUUCCCUGA